AUAUCGGUCGAAUGGGAUUCAUCAUGCCUUUGGUUUACCAUGUCUCUAGGCUAUUGCCAAACCCUAGGGAGGACCAUUUACCAUCAAUGUUCCUCUACUCUAUACUAACCCUAUCAUGCCUAUUUUGGCUCCAAAAGUUACUCAUAAUUUCCCGGAAAGGCAAGUCCUGCCUACCGCCCGGUCCGAGAGGUCUACCGGUGGUGGGUUACCUCCCAUUUCUAGGGCGCAACCUCCACGAGUUCUUCAUGGAACUUGCCCGAGAAUACGGCCCGAUAUAUAAGCUCUCGAUAGGUACCAAACUCUACGUCAUUGUAAGCUCUCCAAUCUUAGUCAAAGAGAUUGUACGCGAUCACGACGUUGUGUUUGCCAACCGCAAUCCUAGCAAGGUCUCAUUGGCCUUCUCCUAUGGAGGGAAGGACAUCGCUUUCGCACCUCACGGGACCCAGUGGCGGAUGCUGCGGCGGUUGUUCGUGCGCGAGAUGCAAAGUACGGCAAAUCUUGACGCCUUUCACUCUCAUAGAAGGAGAGAAGUCGUGACAAGCGCGAGAGAUUUGUGCACUAGGGCGGGACUGCCGGUCAAAGUGGGGGAGGUGGCUUUCCAGACGGUGAUCAACAUGAUAACAUCCAUGUUCUGGGGUGGGACGCUCGGGGAGGAGGAGGCGGCGCGCGUUGGGGCAGAGUUCAUGGAGGCGGUGGCACGGCUCACCACUCUAUUGGGAACGCCUAACGUGUCGGAUUUUUUUCCGGUGAUUGCUAGGUUUGAUGUGCAAGGAGUGGAGAGGGAGAUGAAGGAGGCGGUGGCUUGGAUCGGAAGGAUCUUUGAUUUUGUCAUUAGUCAACGCAUGAGUUUGGAAGAAGUAAGAGGGGGCAUUGGAGGGGAGAGGAGUGACUUCUUGCACUUUCUUUUAAAGUAUAAAGAUGAAGAAACCGGGAGAUCAAUUUCCCCGGAACAAAUCAAGGCUUUGCUUAUGGACAUCGUUAUAGGAGGUGCCGACACCACAUCUACCACGGUCGAAUGGACAAUGACCGAGCUGCUACUACACCCGCAAGUCCUUCUCAAUGUCCAGAAAGAGCUCGACGAUGUCGUCGGGCGGAACAACAUGGUCGAGGAGUCCCACGCCUUCAAGUUACCCUACUUGCAUGCGGCGGUGAAGGAAGCUAUGAGACUGCACCCUGUAGCACCUCUGCUGUUGCCCCGCAGCCCGAGCCGAACCUGCACGGUAGGCGGAUACACCAUACCCAAAGGCACUAAAGUCUUCUUGAACGCGUGGGCUAUGCAUCGAGACCCGCGGUUCUGGUCCGACCCGUACAAGUUCCGCCCCGAAAGGUUUCUCGAGGAGGGAGAGGCCUCCGAGUUGGAAUACUCCGGACAGAACUUGCACUACAUACCGUUCGGGUCGGGUCGACGGGUUUGUGCGGGGCUCCAACUAGGGGAGAGGAUGCUAAUGUAUGUGUUGGCUACGUUCCUGCAUCUGUUCGAGUGGAGAUUGCCACCGGGUAUAGAGUUGGAUCGCGAAGAGAAGUUUGGGGUAGUUCUUGAGAAGGCCACUCCACUGAUUGCUAUUGCCACUCCGAGGAUCCCUAACUUGCAUCUACAUGUGAAGGAAUAGUUUGGUCGGAUCCAAAUUUAUGUGAAUUUUAUAAAUAAAAACCAAGAAUCACAUGGAUUUCUUGAGAAGG